CGUGAAAUAAUUCAGUGGGUUUAAUUGACAACAUUCACAAAAAUUUUGAGAUUCGAAUUUUGGAUUUAUAGUUUCUAUUUUUAUUUUAUUUAAUAUGGUAUACUAUACUCAAUUAAUAUUUUUUUGUUUAAUUGUUGGUAUUUUAAAUUCGCGAACUGUAAAUGGAAAUGUUAUUAAUUUAACAUUUGAUUCUGAAAAUGAUAAUUUAAUUGAAGACACUGACAACAUAAUUCAAAUAUCUGAUAUGGUAACACCAAAAAUUGGUGGUGAAGGUGAAUCGAAUACUAAUAUUAUAGAGAGAACAAUUGAAGAUGGUAAUGGAAAUAAAAAUUCAAUACCGGAUCAAACAAAAGUUCAACAAACAAUUCGAUAUACUCUAGGACAUCACAGCUCUGUUGACAAAAUGAUCGCUCAAUCGGCCAAUAAUUAUCAUUAUAACAGUUUAAUGAAUGUUGUAUUAAAAUUAUGUUACCCCAAUUCAGGUGUUGGAUCAAUAGUAACAUAUAUUGAAAUUGUUGUUGAUCAACUAUCAAAAAUUGGUCGAGCUUAUGUUAUAUCUGGAGGAAUUGGUCAAAGGCAUAUAUGUAUUGCUGUUGAAGCGAAUUCAACAAAUUAUUUAAGUUACAGAGCAUCAUUUUAUGGCUACUGAAUAUAAUUUUAAUUUUAUUUUUAUUGAAGAGUAUGGAAAAAUAACAAAAAUAAUUUUGUAAAAAUUUAGUUAUACUUUUUUUUUUACUUUGAUAAUAAAGCAAUUUUUUUUUUUUAAUUUUAA